GCUGCUCGGCCCCCAAGGUUUGGUCGGGUGGGUGGGAGGCAGUGAAAAGGGCCGAGGGGCGAGCAGGCAGCUAACUUCAGCCUGGAGAGAUGGAGAAGUCCCUGAUGUUCAGACCGGCGUCCAGUUUUUAAUCUGAUUUACCCAGCAACAGUAGCUUUUCACCGCCAGGAAUUGCUACAAUUGGCAUUGAUUGGAAAUGACCCCUGGGGGCCUCUACGGUGGUUGGACUCUCCUUUUGUUGUUUCUGGCACCCCUUUCCUGCCAUCCGUGCCCUGUUCCUUGUGAAUGUUCUGAGCCAGCUCGUACAGUGAAGUGCGUCCAGAAGGAAUUGACCUCCAUCCCAGCUGGCAUUCCUGGGUACACCCGCAACCUCUUUAUAACUGGCAACCAGAUUGCCUAUGUUGGUAGCCAGGAUCUCCAAGGACUCCACAAUCUGGUCACGCUCUCCUUGGCUAACAACAGGAUUAAUGCUGUGGAAUCCCACGCCUUCUCUGAUCUCCAGAACCUGCGUUACUUGGACUUGAGUUAUAACCACUUAGUCACCAUCCACCCGGAUGCUUUCAGUGCUAGAAACAAUUCAAUCCAGGAGCUGAAUCUCAGUCACUCAUUGUACAACUUCUCUGCCAUCCGCCCGGUGGCAGCUGCCCUUGUCCAAGGGGGUUUCCAGAAUCUCUCCAAGCUUGAACUCACCAGCAACAAGAUCAUCUACUUGCCCCUUGGAAUGUUAUCCAGCCUCCCUAAACUUGAGUACUUAGACUUGAGGAACAAUUCCUUGAUCGAUAUUAAGAACUCUACCUUUUCUGGACUUCACCUGAAGUACCUUGAUUUGACCUCAAAUGCCUUCAAAACUUUGAGGAGGGAAGCUCUGUUUGCCCUGGAGAGGCAGUCCCACCUUAGCCUCUUUCUGAAAGACAAUCCUUUUGUAUGCAAUUGUGACAUUGAAGAACUGGUCACCUGGCUGAACCAAAGCCGACAAGUAGUAGAUGUGGAAAAACUAGCCUGCAUUUUCCCCCAGGAUCUGAAGAACACCACCUUGGUGGAACUAGUGGGGGCAGAUCUGGAGUGCCACUACAGUCAACAUAGUGAAAAUGUUCUUCAGUCCUCAUAUGCUGCAUUAGGUAUAGUUCUGGGGAUAAUUGGCAUCAUCUUCCUCUUUGUGCUUUACCUGAAUCGCGAGGGCAUCAAGACCUGGAUGAAUGGUCUACGGGAUGCUUGCCAGAACCUGAUGGAGGAGUACCACUAUCGUUACGAAAUGGAUUCUGAUCGCCGCAUCACACAAAUCUCAGCAGUGGACAUAUGACCUCUGAUAGUUUUCUGCAUUUUCUUUGCAAUGGCAUCUUUUUUUUUUUCAAACAAAGCCUGUGGCUUGGAGAUGUCCUUUCCAUCAAAAACUAAAUUUUAAAGAACUUCUAGAUUAAGAUCUGUGUAGAUUCAAGGAACUUCCUUUCCUAGUCACAAGGAAGUUCUCUAGGUGGUUUGACUAACUGGGGACAAACGAUUGCAUUCUUUUAGUGCCAGUCUUGUAUUUUUGAGGAGUAGAGGCAAGUCAAAAUCCUGAUGUGUUCAAAUAUUUAGAUUUCUAGAAGAAUAGGUGUCCUGGAUUCUUGCAGUCCAUCUUAACUAAGAGAAUUUUAUCUUGUUCUAUAUACCAACAAGACCAUUUAUCAACAUGGCUUGUUGGGGAAACCAAUUCCUUAGUUACAGUGGGACUUUGGUUUGCCACUCUAGACCAGGGUUUCUUACCCUGGACCAGUUUAAGAUGUGUGGACAGCAGCUGCCAGAAUUCUGAGAACUGCAGAUCAUACAUCUUAGUGGUCCAGGUUGAGAAAUCCUGUUCUUAGCAGACAGAUGGAACAUUAUGUGAAGAAAGAACAAUAGUGUGCCAAUAAUUCUGAUCUUCUUAUAGAAGAGGUGGAAUAGCAGUAGAUUAAGAAAAAGCAGAUCUUGACUCCCUAAUCUUGACUCCCUCAUCUCCAAUUCCUGGGAGAACUGCAAAGAUGACUUUUCUUUACUAAUGUGAUAUCGGAAAUAUGGACAGUCCACGCAAGACAGUCUUCCUUGCAGGCAGGAAGAGACGAGCAAAGUUUAUCCUUCAGAAAUGGUAGAUCUCUGACUAGGGAUCAACAGCAGGAGAGAUGGUUGGAACCAAGUCCUCCUCAUGAGCAUCCCAAAGGAAUCUGACUUGUCAUUAUAGGGAUCAAACUGCUUGACUUUCUACAUAUUGAUGUGUUCGGCAGGGCCUGUGUGAAACUCACUAGCUUGAUUCACGAACAUACUAAGAUGAGAUCUGGUUUACUUCCUUCCUGUAGCUUACAGGCUAUGCAAACUAGCCAAUGAGAUUUUAUAGCUAUGGACUGUGAUUUUAUAUGAAUAUAUUGUGCGAGCACGCCCAAUUGCGUAUGCAUCAGAGGUGGGUUUCAGCAGGUUCUGACCAGUUCUGGAGAACUGGUAGCGGAAAUUUUGAGUAGUUCGGAGAACCGGUAGUAAAAAUUCUGACUGGCCCCGCCCCCAUCUAUUCUCUGCCUCCCGAGUCCCAGCUGAUUGGGAGGAAAUGGGGAUUUUGUAGUAACCUUCCCCUGGAUUGGGGUGGGAAUGGAGAUUUUACAGUAUCCUUCCCCUGCCACGCGCACCAAGCCACACCCACAGAACCGGUAGUAAAAAUUUUUGAAACCCACCACUAGUAUGCGUGUGCAUUUUAGUAAACCAGAGUUAAGUAAACUACAGGUGAGCACUCACUGCCUUAAUUCAAAAGUAUAAGUGACUUGGCAUGUAUGACAGUAGAAGGAAUGUGUAUGAAGUUAGAAAUCUGUUGUGCUUAAUUCAUUCCAUGAAUUGCACUGAAUUAAACCAACAGGAUACAGACUUAGCAUUAAAAGGAUGCUCCUAUGUGCAUGUACUUUGAUGGGUGUAGCAUGAGCUGGUUCGCCGGGGAAUUCUGGGAGUUGAAGUCCACACAUCUUAAGGCUGCUGACACUGGCUAUUGUUUUGGGAAGUGCAAAGGGCAAGAACGUUUAAUAAGGUCCAGAGUCCAGGUUGAUACAAUAAGCAGCCACAAUUCGAAGGCCCAGUUGCAGAAUUCAAGUGCAAGUAUAGAUCGGGCUCUCAAGCUGGCAUUUGAUGCCAUAAUGUAGGCAUGCAGCCGGUGAAUUAAUAGACAUUAAAAUUUCUCAACCAUAUUGUGUGCAAUCUUGGGAAAAUAUAACACGUGGGCCAGCAUCAGCUCUAGACUUCAGCACGUGAUACAUUUAAAAAAAAAAAUUUCCAAGACUGCCAAGCAUCUGGUACAUUAUGUUUUAUUGUAUUGAAAAAAAAAUGUCAUAGUAAAAACAAUUUUUAACCCAGUGA